AUGUGUACUAGAGGCCAUUGGAGGCCUGCUGAAGAUGAGAAGCUUAAGGAGUUGGUUGAAAAGUAUGGUCCUCAUAAUUGGAACGCGAUUGCCGAAAAGCUUCAAGGAAGAUCAGGGAAGAGUUGUAGGUUGAGAUGGUUUAAUCAGUUGGAUCCGAGAAUCAAUAGAAGCCCUUUUACAGAAGAGGAAGAAGAAAGACUUCUUGCUUCCCACCGGAUUCAUGGGAAUAGAUGGGCAGUCAUUGCAAGGCUUUUCCCUGGUCGCACCGAUAAUGCAGUGAAGAAUCAUUGGCAUGUCAUCAUGGCAAGAAGAUACAGAGAAAGGUCUAGGCUUCAUGCAAAAAGAGCUGCUCAAACUUUGAUAAAUGAGCAAAAACCCUCUUCGAGACAAGACAUGCACAUGAAUUGUGAGACGAGGAACUUCUCUUCAUUUGUCAAGAAAUAUUGUGAAAAAUAUGGCCAAUAUCCUUUGGUCACUCACAGCUACUUACCGGCCUUUUGCAAAGAGUUCUACAGUGAAGAUCCAAAUCAUUGUGAAGAUCAAAAUCGGCCGAUUGAGUUUUAUGAUUUUCUCCAAGUAAACACUGACUCCAAUAAAAGUGAAGUAAUAGACAAUGCAAGAAGAGACGAUGAGGAGGUAGAUCAACAGGAAGCCAUGGAACAUCAGAGCAUGGGUGGUAUUCCGUUCAUUGAUUUUCUCUCUGCUGGAAAAUCUUCGUAA